AUUGAUUGCCAUUAGAGAUUGUGUUUACUGAAUGAUGGCAGCUUCACUAACAGCAUGAGGAGAGAGCCCGCAGUCGGAGUAUUGACUCUCACUGUUUGAGAUACCAUGACCCACUUCUUCAGUCGUCACAUUUUGCUUAGUGUGCAAGUUUACUGUCCGCUCAACUAAAGCUAGCUCGGCUCAGUGUUUGUUUUUUUGUUUUGUUUUUUAUCACCGUUUGUUGUUUACCCGCCGGCUUUUUACGCACAAGUGCCCGGAGAAAUGCAGAGAAUAAGGUCUUUGAGAGCCGGUUGGCAGCUGCUGAGAUCCAGCUGCGAGGGAGCUGCAAAACAAGUAAACAACUCGCCUUCGGCCUCUCGAAAUUAUAGCCAUCUCCCUCCUGAGGGCCCGAACUCCUUUGGACUCCUCUUUGACAUCGAUGGGGUGCUGGUGCGGGGCAGGACGCCGAUCCCUGCAGCCAAGCAGAUCUUCAGGAACCUGGUGGACGGCAAUGGGAAAUACAAGGUGCCCGUGGUGUUUGUCACCAAUGCCGGGAACAGCUUGAGGCAGACCAAAGCUGAGCAUCUGUCUCAUCUGCUGGAGGUGGAGGUGUCCCCAGACCAGGUGAUGCUGUCCCACAGUCCUCUGCGAAUGUUUACUCAGUUCCACAAAAUGCGAGUUCUGGUGUCGGGACAGGGUCCGGUGGAGGAGGUCGCUCACAACCUGGGCUUUCAGGAUGUUGUUACCAUAGAUAUGCUCAGAGAGGCGUAUCCUCUCCUAGAUGUCGUAGAUCACAACAGAAGGCCCAAAGACAGUAUUCCACCCUCCAAAGGCUUACGUCCAAUAGAUGCUGUCAUCUUAUUUGGUGAGCCAAUCAGAUGGGAGACCAACCUCCAGCUAAUCGUUGACGUGCUCCUGACCAAUGGGAACCCAGACAAUGCCUGGAGUUCGAUGCAGUACCCUCACAUCCCGGUCAUGGCCUGUAACAUGGACCUGCUGUGGAUGGCCGAGGCGAAGAAUCCCAGGUUUGGACACGGUAUGUUCCUGGUGUGCUUGGAGAGCUUGUACAAGAAGGUCACAGGCUACGAGCUGAAGUACGAGGCUCUGAUUGGUAAACCCAGCGUGGUGACUUAUAACUAUGCUGAGCUGCUGAUUAGACAACAGGCGGAGAAACUUGGCUGGACCUCACCUGUGAAGACACUGUAUGCUAUUGGUGACAACCCCAUGGCUGACAUAUACGGCGCCAACCUCUACAACCGCUACCUCCAGGCCUCUCACCGUACCAAGGCCCAGAUGCAGGCUAAGAGUGGCGGAGGAGGUGCAGAUGCCUUGGCGGAAACGAUUGAUGACACCCUGAAAAUGACAUCAGCCGAACUAGGCGGAGCGUCAAGCGUGUUCGGGGAAGAGGAGGACCUUCCCGAGGGAUGCAGAUCCAUCCUGGUGUGCACAGGAGUGUACAGCAGGGACCAGCAGGAGCUGCCCUCAGACCCAUCGCACACUGUCACGGAGCAGCAAAUCUUCCACGGUCACAGGGACUUCCGCUUUGACCCCAGCCUCACGCAGCCGUCCUUCGUGGUGCAGGAUGUAAAGGAGGCAGUGGAGAUGGUGUUUCAGGAGGAAGGCUGGCCUCUGGACUAGGAUGAGUGUCACCUUAUCUCACAGCCGUCCAGUAAAGAGCUCUAACAUCCUUUAACUGGUAGUAGUAGACAUUUUAUGGGUUUUGUUUUAAUAAUCGAUACCCCUGAUUAUUACAGGGGAGACGUAGCUGUUACUGUGGCUAAGUCUUAGAGCUUUUAAGUGCCAUGCAAUAAGCUGCAAAAAGCAACAAUAUGAAGUUUAACGCCAAGUAUAGGAAAGUUACACACAUUUUAAGUCGGUCAUACGUGGUAGUUUUUUAACUCAAUACUAAGUUACUGUUGAUGUGAUGGGCCUAACUAAUGUGUGUGUAUAUAUAUAUGUCAAGGACUCCAGUUCAUCAAGUUGGCUGUGUGUCCUUUCUUGUCUUGGCUGUCACUUUUUUUAAGAAGAACUCAAGUGUAUCUGUUGAGUUACAUGCAUUUUUACUACACUCAGACUUUUAUAAAUGAUCUGUUCAAGUUCAUGGAUGAGAGUUCAAACAUAGCAACACUUUCAGCCAGAUAAUGUCAUCUGUGAUGUGACAAACAACGUAUUGUCCAGAUUUUAUACUUUGCACAACACUCUACAGAAGUGGGUCAUCUUUCCUUUCCAAAAUAUACACCCUCCCCAGCAGGUCUUAACUAGACCAGUUCUGCUGUUUGUUUUUACUGCUAUCAUAUUUCAGCUUGAUUUGUUCUUAAACUAGGGUGAAUGCAUAACCACUAAUGCUGAUGAGAUUAAGUUGCCAGGUUUCAGUUUAGUACCUCAUGAGUUUCGAUUUUAGCCUUUAAUUCAGAGUAUGUUCAUUUUAUUUUAGUGCUAUUUUGUGAAAUUAUCAGAAUUAUACAAAGUACCACAGAAAUGAAAAAGGUGCUAUUUUUCUGCAAAGUGGUUUUAGUUAUAAAAAUCUUAUGAAUGGUUCAUGUGAAUGUCUGUAUUCAAGGACUUUUGUGGGAGAAAAAAUAAAGUAUAGUUGCAGCACCAGUAAAAAUGUCAUAACGUGCUGGUUAUAUUUGUAACUGACAGGUAUAACAGGGUGUCAUAUGCAGGUGUCUAAUUGCAGAUUAAAACUAUGGAACUCUGGAAAUGUACCGUGAAAGCCAUACUGCAUGAAAGAACAAUUAAAAAGGAUGAGAGACACAA